AUGUUCUUCAAUAUCCUUAAGGCAAUGCCCGCUCGGGCUUCCGCCUUUGCCUCCAUGAAGCAGCCUACUCAGGUCCGCUUCAUGGCCUCUGUGCGCCAGCGUGCGGCUAUGGAACCCGCCACUUUCACUAUCCGUGAUGGUCCGAUGUUUUCCGGAAAGUCCUUUGGUGCUCGCUCCAACAUCUCCGGCGAGGCUGUUUUCACUACCUCGCUGGUCGGAUACCCUGAAUCCCUCACCGAUCCCUCCUACCGUGGUCAGAUCCUGGUUUUCACCCAGCCUCUGAUCGGCAACUACGGUGUUCCUUCCGCUGAGAAGGAUCCCAAUGGACUCUUGAAAUACUUUGAAUCCCCCAACCUCCAGGCCGCUGGUGUUGUUGUUGCCGAUGUCGCCGAGCAGUACAGUCACUGGACCGCCGUCCAGAGUUUGGGCGAGUGGUGUGCUCGCGAAGGUGUGCCUGCUAUUUCUGGCGUUGACACCCGUGCCAUUGUCACCUAUCUGCGUGAGCAGGGUUCUUCUCUGGCUCGUAUCACCGUUGGUGAAGAGUACGAUGCCAACGAGGAUGAGGCUUUCACUGACCCCGAGCAAAUCCACUUGGUCCGUCAGGUCAGCACCAAGCAGCCUUUCCACAUCGCUGCUGGUAACCCUCACUCUCACGUUGCUGUCAUCGACUGCGGUGUCAAGGAGAACAUCCUCCGCAGCUUGGUUAACCGUGGCUCUAGCGUCACUGUGUUCCCCUUUGACUACCCCAUCCACAAGGUCGCCCACCACUUCGAUGGUGUCUUCAUCUCCAAUGGCCCCGGUGACCCCACUCACUGCCAGGAUACCGUCUACCACCUGAAGCGUCUGAUGGAGACCUCUCAGGUCCCCAUCUUCGGUAUCUGUCUCGGUCACCAGCUUUUGGCUCUGGCCGCUGGUGCUAGCACCAUCAAGCUCAAGUACGGAAACCGGGCUCACAACAUCCCUGCUCUGGAUCUGAGCACUGGUCGCUGCCACAUCACCAGCCAGAACCACGGUUACGCUGUGGAUGCUUCCACCCUGCCCUCCGACUGGAAGCCCUACUUUGUCAACCUGAACGACCAGAGCAAUGAAGGCAUGAUCCACAAGUCCCGUCCCAUUUUCAGCACCCAGUUCCACCCCGAGGCUAAGGGCGGUCCCCUGGACUCCUCCUACCUCUUCGAUAUCUACCUGGACAGCGUUCUCAAGUACAAGAACAACCAGGUUGGCCUCUUCCCCCAGCGUGACAACCUUCCCAGCCCCCUGUUGGUUGACCUGCUCGCUAAGGAGCGUGUUGGCGUUCAGCCCACCAUUGGCCAGCAGAACGUGUUGGCCGCUGCCGCUGCCGUCGGUGCUGCUUAG